GUUUAUGUGAACUGAUACCCGGAUGUUGAUCGGCGCGGCGUCAGUGCGCAGCUGCAGGCCGGAUUGAGGAACAGGAAGGGAGCAGCAGUUCAUGGAAGACAGUCACUGUAAGACAGGAGACCGCAGUCAUCAGGAGGGCACUGAAGACAGCACUAAAGAAUCGGGCUCAUCUCCAUCUGCCACAUCCAUUGUCACCCUUACCUGUGCUUCAUCUCGACCGGGUCCCGCCGAAACAACCUCCCCCUGUCCUGUUGUCGGGGGUUCACCGGACCCCCCUGAGGGAGGGAAGAAUGCAAAGUGGGCCGCUGUGGCCAACGGACAGCCCCCCUCCGUGGUGUCCCAGCGCUAUAUGCCCUGUGAGGUGCCCCCGCGCUUCCGCAUCCAACAGGAACCAAAAGUGCUACUGAAAAGGGGCCAGCCACCACUGUCCUGCAUGCUGCUGGGGGGCGGAAACGGAGGGGACCCUGCACCCCAGCUUUCCCUGCAGGAGCAAGCUGAUGCCUCAGAUCCAACAGUAGAUUCCGUUUCUCUGCACUUAUCGUCAGAUGCCUCUGCCGCUCCCACUUAUGCAAAUUACACAUGGGGGUUGAGCUCAGGAUGUCAACCCUCCACUCAGGGAAUGGACAAGGACAAUUCUGAUGUAGAGAAAUGGCCAAGACCGGAAGACUCAUGGAAUAGUGAUCAGACCCCACAUUCUGCCAGGUUAAGGAUGGAUGAGUCUGAUGGCCUAAGAAUGGACACUUCUUCUCAACUAUCUGAAUAUGCAGAAGUCAGUGCGGUAGGAGGUGCAUCUUCACAGUCUGAGAAUAAAGAAUACAUUAAAGAAGUCAAUCAGCACUUCAAUUCCAAGGUGUCAAUGCUUUCUGGAGAUCAGGAGGAUACUCAAGGUCUAAAACCAAAUUCCAACCCUGAUGACCCUGAUGGCGCAAACCACACUGCUAAUGAGGAAUCUACUCCCACACCCUUGAGUCCAGCCAGUUCAGUGUACCAGACACUCUCCAAGAACGAAGAGCGCAUUACAGGGGAUUGGUUGGAGCUUCAGGCUGGACCAAAUCGUGGUGGAGAUGGAGUUUCCAGAACGGAAUUAUGGGAUACAGGAGAAGACCCUGUUGGGAAGAGAAUUGAUGCAGUAGGUGGAAGUUCAAGUGAAGGCACUGGCAUCUCUCAGGGAGUGUGUGACAGAGACACGGUAGUUUCAAACAAACAGGCAGCUACAGGAUGGACCUCAGAUUUAGCAGUUGGAGCAUCAAAAGAGGAUGUGAGAGGGAUCUCUGAGGUAAGCACAGAUAGUUUACAGGACUCUUCAAUGUUUGCAAACAGCGUGGCAUCAAGAGAUGGCAAUCAGAAAGCAGUUGAUGAUUGUGAUGGGUCUGAGGAAAAAUCGACUGGCAGAGAAAGCAAUGAGGAUGGGAUGCACGCCCCAAAUUUGGUCCAAAGCCCCUCCAGAAGUCAGGCCCUCCACCCAGAAGAAGCCUUACAGAGCAUGAUCAAUAACACUAACAUGGAUCCUAAAGUGCUGUGCAACACAGGAUGGGGAAAGACUCAGAUCAAGCAGAAUGUCACCUGGGAUUUUGAGGGCAACAGUGGGAAUGUUAGCUGGGAUGUAGAAGUGGACACCGACCGCAGUAAGGAGGGCUGGCGGGACACUGGGGAUCUUUCCAGCUCCAAAAUGCAGAAGCAGGAGGUUGGCCAGGUGGGUAGAGCUCAAGGGUGGCCCGGGCACGGAGACAUGAGCAUUGGGAUUGGUUGCAAAGGGAGUGGUUGGGGAGAAGACCAGGAGGUUGAAGAUACUUGCAGGAGGGAAGGGACGGGGUGGAACCAGGGUGGUGGAAGUGAGUGGACUCCAUUACCAGAGGGUGGAGGCUGGAAUGAAGAGAGAGACAGUGACCGCAAGAAUCAGGAUGAAGGGUUAUGGGGCAGCCCGGAAGAGUCGGGACAGCGGAGUGGUGGCUGGGGAGGCAGCAGUGUCAAACCGCACCAGGGAUGGGGCGAGAAGCUUCUUCCAUCACAGAUACCAAACAAACAAGCAGCACUUAAAAACCAAAAUCAAAAACCGCAGCAGCAAUCGCAAACCCAGCAGCAAAUGGCGGUAUAUACAAAGGACUUGCAGGAACGGGGUCGUCCAGGAGACACCGAUGACCAAGGUAAAGGGUCUGGCUGGACCUGUGGGCCCAUCCCUCAGGUGCCUUCAGUUGUAGAGCCGAGUGGGUGGGAGGAACCCUCGCCACAGUCCAUCAGCCGGAAAAUGGAAAUUGACGAUGGCACAUCUGCAUGGGGCGAUCCGUCACGCUACAACAGUAGGACCGUCAAUCUGUGGGAUAAGAAGACCAACAGCUCACAAGACCAACAGCAGUUGUCUGGAAGACAGGCUGGAGCGCUUUCUAAAAACUCUGUUCCUGCAACAUGGGCACGCAGCAGUGGUCCCUCAGAUCCUUCUGUGGACAGCGGUACAUCUGCUUGGGGGAAAUCGUCUGAUGGUUGGGGGGAAUCCAGUGAACCAGGGAAAGGAGGAGGAUGGGGAAACUCGCAUUCCCAUUCUACUAAAUCUGGUUCAAAGUCUAUGCAAGAGGGGUGGGGUGACGAAGGCUCGAAUGUAUCGCGACACUCCAGCUGGGAGGAAGAAGACGGUGGCACUGGUGUUUGGGGCAGUCGGGGAUCUCAAAGCAACACAUACAAUUCCGGGGGCUGGGGGCAGGGCCAGGGGGCCAGGAGACUCAACGCUAAGAGCCCUCUUAAAGGUAACAGUGGGGACUCAUGGGUGUCUCCUGUGACUCGGCAGUUCUCAAACAUGAGCGUUACGGAUGAAGACUCCAGUAUGGGUCACGAUAGCAGGCACGACAGGAGAGGAAUGAAUGAUGGUGAGAUGCGGAGAGGCGGCAGGACUGGGGGAGCUUUCCGCUCACAGCCUUCCAAAGAGAUGCCAUGCGGGGAGACCGGACCUUACCUGGACAAGGUUGGAGGUCAUAGUAUGUUUGGCGGUGGUGGGAUUCCUCCACUGAGAGGGAUGCAUCAGGCUGGUGUGCACCCCUUAAACCCUGUCCCUGGGAUACGAGCACAAGUGCCUCACCAGUUCCUGCCUCCUCAGGUUCCUGGGUCAAUGCUAAAGCCAGUGGCGCCACCUAGUGGAGGCAUGUUCCCUCCACAGCUUUCCCCCCAACACAUCGCCAUGUUUGGUGGCAUUCAUCCACACAUGCAACAGUUUCAACUAGCCUGUCAGCUCCUAUUGCAACAACAACAGCAGCAGCAGUUUCUGAAUCAGAGGAAGUUUCCUCCUCCUGUAAGACAACAGCACGACCCGCAGCAGCUGGCGCGGAUCAUGGCAAUCCUACAGCAGCAGGGUGCUGGUGGGCCUAAACUCUCACCGCCACCCAUGGGAGGACAAGUCCCCAAACACCCAGAUGCACAUCUCCAUCCGCUGGGCAUGAAUGCCCACAAACAGCCUGAUGGACCAGUGCACGCAGCCAUGGGAGGAUCUGAGCUGCACAGCAAAGCUCCUGCUGCUUUCACAGGGCCGGUCAGGCAGGCCGGUGGCUCCUCGUUCUCUCAGUAUGAUGUGUUGGGCGGCAGCUGGCACAGAAGCUCAGGUGGGAAAGUCGAUGCGUCUCCUGCCAACCCCACCUGGCCUCCAGAGUUUCAGCCGGGCGUCCCGUGGAAGGGCAUCCAGAGCCCUGAGCCCGAGCCUGACCCCUACACGAGCCCUGCGGGAAUGCUGGGAUCCUCCGUGCUUAGUGAUACCGAACAUCAUCUGCUGCAAGACAACACAGGGUCAAACUCUCUGAACACCUGUAUGCCUUCACCUGGUGCCUGGCCGUACAGUGCCUCAGAAAUGCCCCUCACUGCACACGGCACCGCUAAAUACUCCGAGCUGAAGUCUAGUUGGCCUCCGGAGCCCAUUGGACACGGCAAAUCAUGGCGGACCAAUCGGAACCCUUCUCACCUGUCCCGCCCCCCUCCGGGUCUCUCCAGUCAGAAGCAGCCGUGGUUGGGGGAGGGGCCUUGGAUGCCCAGGACUUGGGGGGGCGGAGCCAGCUCCCCGGAGUCGCCCUUUAAAGCAGAGUGGAGCGAUGGAGGAGCUUCCAUGGGAAAAUCAUGGCUGUUACUGCGAAACCUCACGCCACAGAUCGACGGCUCGACCCUGAGGACGAUCUGUCUGCAGCAUGGCCCUCUGCUGACCUUUCACCUCGGCUUGACACAGGGCAGCGCUCUGAUCCGCUACUGCAGCCCUCAUGAAGCCGCCAAAGCCCAGAGCGCCCUGCACAUGUGUGUUCUGGGAAACACCACCAUCCUGGCCGAGUUCAUGAGCGAGGAGGACGUCGCCCGUUACAUCACACAUUCUCAGGCCGCAGGGGUCACGGUGUCACCCGAGGGCUCGCCCGGCUCUGACCUCGUCCCGCGAGAGGGCGAGCGGCCCGUGAGCUCCGGGGCAGAUGGAGACAUGGCGGUGGGCUGGCAGGGGCUGGACGUGACGGCCGGCUCCACGGUGGAAGCGCCGGGACUCGCCCUCCUCAGCCAAUGGAGCAACAGCGCAGGGGAGGGGGUGGGGAAAGGCGUCUGGGGGGGCGUGGCUCUCGGUUACCACGGCGGCAGCCUAUGGGGCUCUCCUCAGUUAGAGGACGGCACAGCCGGGUUGUUGCCAGGCAACCUGCUUGGAGGCGGGACAGAUAGUUUGUGAUUGACAGCAGUCAGUUCUU